UGUAACUUCGGAUAAUUUGAUCCAUCCAGGCUUAUCCCUUCGCUUUCUUCGUCAGAGUCCGAUCGUCUUUCCCCUUCCUUUGUUUCUUCCUUCUCAUUCAUUUUUGUAAAGUAAGCCUUCCAACCCUGAACAAUAUCAUCAUUUCAUCGUGUUUCAUCAGAAAGCCUGCGCCAUUCACCGAGACAAGUUUGUCCUUGUAAGAUGAAGGCACCGGCCUCUUCCUCCCCGAACCUGAUCAAUAUUCUCCUCAUCAACCCUAGUACUCUUGUUACUUCCACUCCCGAAGACAAACGUGCCCCCUGAGAGCUCUGGAGGCAGCCCUUGUCUCUCUCUCGGCCUCCCCCAUCACCGUCGCCGCCAUCACAGCCCUCCAAACGCUCUUCGCACGACGCACCGCCACUUAUUCUCUGUUCUUUGCAGCCCUCCGAAAACAGUCAAACCCCUGAUUUUGGAAUCUACACUCGCAAUCUCCACUGCAAGCUACUGCAAAUUACGCCAGAGUAAUUGAGCGGCAUAGGGAGCUCGUGAAAGGAAAAAAAAAGUUGAUCUUUCUCUGAUCCUGGAUAGGAAUUGUAGAAGAUCAUGCCUCGUUAUAAGGAUGAACCCCCAGCAGUUCGCGUCUACACUGUCUCUGAUGAAUCCAGAUAUUUGAUUGUUAACAAUGUUCCAGCGUUAGGCUGCGGGGAUGAUUUAUUGAAGCUAUUUUCAACCUAUGGAGAAGUUGAGGAAUGUAAACCAAUGGAUGCAGAAGACUGUGAGCCAUUCACUGAUGUUUAUUGGAUAAAAUUUCGCCUUUUCAGCAAUGCCAGGUUUGCAAAAAGAAAAUUGGAUGAUUUUUUCCUCGGGAAUCGGCUGCAGGUAUCAUAUGCUCCCCAUUUUGAGAGCCUCUUGGACACAAAGGAUAAGUUAGAGGGAAGAAGAAAGGAGGUUUUAGCACGAUUAAAUCCUGGAAGAUCCAAAGAGUCAACAGCUUCGAGCACUUUGUCUCUCAUGAAGAGCAACGCUGUUCCAAACUCCUCACAGACCAGCUGCCUACCUCAACAUUUAGAUUCUAAAAAAGGUGAUUUGGAUUCUAGAGAACUUGAAGGAAGACCACUGAGCGGUACCCCUUUGAAAACGGUUUCCUCAAAUGAGGAUUAUUUUUCUUCUCAAUCUAUGAAUCAAACUGUAAGGUUGGUGAGAGAGAAGCUUGAUAAGAUUCGAUCCAGUGGUGAGCAUGUAAAAGCUGAGCCCGCAUCAAAGAGAUCAAGAGUUGACAAUAGAAGGAGAAUCUAAACUUGGAAUUUCGUUUGUUACAUAAUGUUCUAUUGCUCUCAGCUAGUCUGUCUUGCACCUUCGACCUGUGCUAACAAAAGUUAGGUGGACUCUUGUGCAUGGCGUAGAGCAUUUGAACUUGGGAUCGUAGAAUCUUUCUCAAGAUAUUAGUUAUUAUUCAUCUUUGUGGCAACUUGAGCGAUUCAAGUGCUUCAUCUUUACUUGCUCAUCAUUUGAGGGAAUAAUUCUUCUUCCUGCACGUGUCAUGCACUAGUUAUUAGUGUGAAAAGUCAAUGGAAACUCAAGGGUAUUGCCGGACUUGACCUUCUAAUUUGAUUUUAGCAAAGUUUUUUUCCUACUUUUCUUCUUCCUCUCUUUUCAGAGUUAGUGUAAAGUAUAAUUCCUUUUUUUUUUUUUUGACAUUUUCUCGAACUUUAUAAGAAUAGAGUAUUUUCACGA